ACGAUGACUGCGGUGGACAGGUCGGAGCCCUUGGUGAACGGACACGCAAUAGUUUCACUUCAAGGCGCCAAACUUCCAGAAAUGAAUGCGACGCCCGGGUGUUUUCGUUAUCAAUUCUGUCUUGACACUCUUUCUUCAUCUUCGCUGGUGGAAGAGACCCACGACGAUAAUGGAUCUAAAUAUGGACUCCCUGGUCCACUGCACCAGCCAUCUCAACCUCCAAGACAUCUCAAACAUGGCCAUGUCCUGUAAAUACCUCAGGGCAGUUGCAUAUUCUGAUUCCGUCUGGCAAUCCCUCUCCAGAGCAAGAUGGCCUUCACCAAUACCUUAUUACAAUUCUCAAAAAUCAAGUGUCAGGGAUGCAUACUUGGCCAGGCAUACUGCAUUGCAGCAGUUGAAGUUUGAAGAUCCUGUGAUUGAUAAUUUCUUAUUCAAUUUAAAGUCUCAUGAUCACCUACUCUUUCUGGACAAUCGUAUAAUACUAUCAGAGGGUCCCGUGAUACGCACAUUGGAUAUUGGGAUUAAUUCUGGAGGAUAUGAUUCUGUCUUAACACUUAAUGAUCACCGAGCUAGAAUAACUUGUAUGAGAUUGUUUUCCUUCAGUGACACAACUGUAUGCCGAAGUGGGGAGCUUAGAAACAGCACUGUCUUGGUCACCUCAAGCUGUGAUCAUACAAUUCGUCUGUGGUCAAAGGGCUCUUGCUACCGAUGUUAUAGGGGCCAUAGUGGUGGAGUAACAACACUUUCAGAUAAACUGUUGGGUGAUAGCAAUGAGAAAAUAUUUGCCAGUGGAGGUGUUGAUGGUACUGUUAGGCUUUGGUCUAGUUACCCUAAAGGAAAACGAGGCCAACAAGCUCUGAAGGGCACGCUAUAUGGCCAUGAGAAACCUGUCAUACUGAUGGUAGUGGCUGGGCACAGAUCAUCUCUUUUAGUGAGCAUGUCGAAGGACUCCAAGGUGAGAGUAUGGGACGCAUUUACGUCUUCUGCUGCUCGUUCUUCUUGCUGUGUGGGAAUGACUUCUGUGUAUGGUGUACCUGUGGGUAUGAAGUGCGAUGGAUCAUUGCUGUAUGUUGCUACUGGGUCCUCUGUUGUUGUAAUUGACUUAAGGACAAUGCGUGAAGUCUCCACAGUGAUGCACAAAAGCCAACUGCAUUCAUUUGAUGUCCUGCCUUCAAGAUCUUUAAUAUGCACUGGUGCAACUGGCAGUGCAAAACUUUGGGACCUUAGGAGAAGUUCUGAGACAUUCAAAGCAGAACCGUUAGCAGAGCUGGAUGGACAUGAAGGCCCAGUUAAGCAUAUACGCAUGGACGCAUACAAGAUAGUUACAGGCGGGCCUGAUGAUUGUUAUGUAAAGGUUUGGGAAGUCGACACUGGUGCAUUUACUAAUUCGUUAAACUGCGCUCCAGAUCAUCCGACACCUGGUUUUGGCUGUUCGGCCGUGGCCGUAAGGGGAUGCAGAAUUGUUACUGCUGGCAGCAAUGGAGGAGAGGGUUCACUAUGCUACAGAGAUUUCAGCAGUGCUACUCAACCAGUUUCAUCUGAUAACAGCAUUCCUGCUUCAAAGUUCUGGGAUUCGAGUUCUUACAGCGACACUGAUGAAUCUUAUGACUAACAAAUGUGUAGUUUCAUUUCUCUUUAGGACAACUUUGCGUUUCAUUUCAUAGAUUUGUUGCUCAUGUUGUAUUUCGUUAUAGAAAGCGCUUGUGAGAACGAUAUCCCAUUGAAAAUCCUCAAGAGCUUCCCGCAACUUUGCUUUC